AUGUCGGCACUGGAUGCGACCCCCGGUGUCGGCCAUAUGCUAGGCACCCUAGAUGGGCACCAAUGUGCCAGGCGUGGAAGGCUCCAGAGCUCCAGAGUAAUAUGCAUACAUAAGAUCCCAAAGCUCUCCUUCAGCACUGGUGCCGGUCGCCGUGGGGUUUUAGUCAGUAAGAAUCUGAUACUCCUCCACCGCUCGCCCCCAGGGGUCGACGGGGAGUCUUGUGCAAGAUUUUACCACGUUAAAAAAAAAAAGUUUACAGCCACUAAUUCAAGUAAAAAGCUUACAGCGGUACAAUGCAAGGAUGUAAGGAAAGCAGGGGUGUAAAGGGGUGCUCUAAUCUCAUCCGGGGUAUCUGGGACCCCCUAU